CGGUGGAAGUGUAAAUGGAUACAUGACACAGUUGUUUGGGGGAAAGCUAUCUUCUGGAAAACGGUUGACGACCACAAAACUACCAACGGGAUUUGAACGUCGUACUGGCUGUCGGUCCCGUCUACAGUCGGCCGCGAUGGAGGCGGUCCCUCGGAUGCCGAUGAUCUGGCUGGACCUUAAGGAGGCUGGGGAGUUCCAGCUCAGCCCGUCCGUGAGGCAGUUCAUCUUAAAGAACUAUGGAGAGAAUCCAGACAACUACAAUGAACAGCUGAAGAAGCUGGAGACUCUGCGGCAGAGUGCAGUGAAUGUGACGAGGGAUUUCGAGGGAUGCAGCACACUGAGGAAGUACUUCGGCCAGCUGCAUUACCUCCAGAGCCGAGUGCCCAUGGGAGCAGGCCAGGAGGCUGCAGUGCCCAUCUCAUGGACUGAAAUUUUCUCUGGAAAAACAGUCACCCAUGAUGACAUCAGCUAUGAGCAAGCAUGCAUCCUCUACAAUCUCGGGGCCCUGCACUCUAUGUUGGGAGCCAUGGAUAACAGGGUAUCUGAAGAGGGGAUGAAGGUGUCAUGCACUCACUUCCAGUGCUCAGCAGGAGCUUUCUCCUACCUAAGAGACCAUUUCAGCCACAACUUCAGUGUGGAUAUGAGUCACCAGAUUCUUAACCUCAACAUCAACCUUAUGCUGGGCCAGGCUCAGGAGUGUCUUCUGGAGAAGUCCAUGUUGGACAAUCGCAAGAGUUUCCUGGUUGCCCGCAUCAGCGCUCAGGUGGUGGAUUACUAUAAAGAGGCCUGCAGGGCUCUGGAGAACUCAGAGACGGCCUCAAUGUUGGGAAAGAUCCAGAAAGACUGGAAGAAACUGGUUCAGAUGAAGAUCUACUACUUUGCCUCUAUCGCACAUCUUCAUAUGGGAAAACAGGCAGAGGAGCAGCAGAAGUAUGGAGAGCGGCUGGCUUACCUCCAGAGCUCCUUGGACAAACUCAAUGAAGCUAUUAAGUUAGCCAAGGGUCAACCGGACAGUGUGCAGGAGGCCUUAAGAUUCACCAUGGAUGUUAUCGGUGGAAAGUUUAAUUCUGCCAAAAAGGACAACGACUUCAUCUAUCAUGAAACAGUUCCUUCUCUGGAGACUCUAGCCUCGGUCAAAGGUGCUCCACUGGUGAAAGCUCUGCCGGUCAACCCCACUGACCCCACUGUCACUGGGCCAGACCUGUUUGCCAAAUUGGUGCCCAUGGCUGCCCAUGAAGCCUCUUCUCUGUACAGUGAGGAGAAGGCCAAGCUACUGAGGGACAUCAUGGCAAAAAUUGAGAGCAAGAAUGAAACACUAGAGCAGUUCAUGGAUUCUCUGGGUUUGGAGCCGGAGUCUGUCGACAACCUGGACAUGUACAGCCACAUCCCACCAGUUCUGAUGGAGAAAUGUGCUGCUCUCAGUGUCCGUCCUGACACUGUCAAGAGUCUCAUUCAGUCCAUGCAGGUGCUCUCAGGUGUCUUCACCGAUGUCGAGUCUUCACUGAAGGAGAUCAGAGACGUCCUAGAGGCAGAUGAAGCGGGGGAGCGGGCCCUCCAGGAGGCAGGUGGCCCCGCUGCAGGCGAGGUGCAUCCUGGUGUGCAGAGCCAGGCGCUGGCUGAGAUACGAAGAGACCUCGAGAAGUACAUGGAGGCCCACGAAAAGGCCAGUUUCACCAAUACGGAGCUGCACCGAGCCAUGAACCUGCACAUCAGCAAUCUGCGUCUGCUGGGGGGCCCACUGGAAAGUCUGAGAGAGGCCCUGCCGCGGCCACAGCUCAGCGAAGAAGAAGUUGCAGGGCUGCAGUGCAUGAAGAGGAUCCUAGGGAAGGUACAGGAGAUGAGGGAACAGAGAGGCUCUUUGGAAAAACAGCUCCGUGAUCUCAUCCAGCAGGAUGACAUCACCUCAACCCUCGUCACCACAGAGAGAGCAGACAUGAAGCGUAUAUUUGAAGAGCAGCUGAAGAAGUACGAGCAGGUGAAGGUGUAUAUUGACCAGAACCUUGCAGCACAAGAAAACAUCCUAAAGGCCCUGACUGAGGCCAACGUUCAGUACGCCUCUGUUCGUAAAGGCCUGAGCCAGACUGAGCAGCAGUGGAACACCACUGUUCAGGGACUGGUGGGCUCAUACGAAGCCUACGAGGACCUCAUGAAGAAAUCACAAGAGGGGAAAGAGUUCUACGAUGACCUGGAGGCCAAAGCAUCGCGUUUGCUGGAGAGAGCCAAGGCCUUGUGUGAGACGAGGACAGAGGAAAGGAAGCCUUUCUUGGAAAAAGAGACCCAGAAGAAACCCCCUGCACGGCCUACAGCAGCAAAGCCGUCUCUUAAGCCCAAAACUUCAGAUGUCGACUCUGCCUGUUCUAGCCUAGAUGACCCAGAGCUGGCCCAGCUUAGUGCAGCCAUUUUGGCCUUGGGGGGUGACCUGCCUGAGGACCUCCGCAGCCUCCCUCCUGACAUUCCGUCCCUCCCUACCCCUGCAGCUCGUCUGCCAGGUCCUGAAGCCUUCAUCCCACCCGGUCCUAACAUGGGUGGCAGCUCCUCUCUGCCUUGGCCUGGUGCUCCAGCUGCUGCUCUUCCUCGCUUCCCUGCCAACCUGCCACCUCCAGAGCUCCUGGCACGGAUAGCUCAGUUUCCUACUUCAGGGACUAUAGCAACACAGGGACCCCUGACACACGGCCCACUCCCUCAGAUGACUCCACAGAGGCCUCCACACAUGCCAAACCAAGCAGUGGUGUCUGGGUAUCGGCCACCCCCUCCUCAGGCUUCCCAACCUGGCCCAGUUGCCCCUACCCCAGUCCGACCCUCGACCACCACUGUUGACAGCAUCCAGGCCCCUAUCCCCAGCUACACCCCUACACCUCACCACCCUGUCCCACCUGCAGUCUCAACUAGCUACACCUUACCACCACAGAUGAGGGCUUACCCCCAGUUUAUACCCCAACCAGGAGUUCCUAUUCAAGGCCCAGGCCAAGCUCAAGUACCCCAAUCACAGCAACAGAAGCACCCACAGCAGUACCCCCAGCCCAUUGGACAGCCACUCCCUCAGGGUUACCAGCCUGGACCAAGGGCCGUUCCAGGCCCUCACCCUCCUUUGCAGACACAGCAAGCCUACCCACAUGGAUAUAUGCCCCCUCAGCCUGGUAUUCCUCCCCAGUUCCAGCAGCGAUUCCCGGGUCAGCUGCAGCCACAUCAACAAAAUGGCUUUCAGCCCCAGCCUCAGAUACCCCAAGGCUACCAGACUCCACAGGGCUACGUACCACAGCAGCACCCUCAGAUGAUGCCAGGCUCUAUGCCAAGGCCACCUCAGGUUCAGAUGCCACCUGCACACUCACCAACACCCCCAACUUCUCAACCAACACCCCCUGUAUCUCAGCCCUACCUGCCGCAUCCCAACCAACAGAUGCCUCCUGGACUCCCUCAUCAACACAUGUUGCCACAACAGCAACAAAUCUCGAUGCCCCCCAGUGCCCAGCAGAUUCCAUCACACCCACAAAUGCAGAUACCAGGUGGUCCCAGAGCUCAAAUGCCCCCCACAAGUCAGACAAUGCCUCCAGUCUCACAAAACUACAUACCCCCCACUAGCCAGCCCAUUCACCCCACCCUGCACCCUCAGAUGCCUCCUGCCUCACAACCUCAUAUGGUCCCUGGUCCUCAAGUCCACCUUCAAAGGGGCCCUAUGCCCCAAAUGCCCCCUAGUGCACUACCCCCACAGCAUCACCCCCACCCUGGACAGUCUCCUAUGCCAAAUAUGCCCCAGCAGCCCAUGCGUAUGCCCAGCCAACCACAGUCUCAGCCCCCUCAUUCUGGGGGAGUGUGCUACCCUGGAGGGGCUCCAAUGAUGCCUCAGCAGCCCCUGGCACCACAGCCUGUAGCUCCCCAACCACCUCAGGCACCUCUUCCUUUGGCUCAUCCACAGCCUUCUUCUAUGUAUCCUUCAGCUCCAGGACCCAGUGUACCUCCAAGUGUCCCACAGCAACCCACUGCCAUAGGUCCACAUGGUCCACAUGCCCCCCCUGCUCAGCACAUGAUUCAGCCCUCUCCUGGAGGCCCUACAGCAGCUCAACCACCCAACAUUAUCCCCCCUUCCCCUUCACCUUCCCCCUCCCCAUCUCCUUCUCCAGGUCCUACCUCUCUGGGACUGAACCCCCAGCAGAGACCUACACCAGCUCCCACUCCUGGAGGCACAGCCCCACCCCCACUUCCCUCUCCUUCUGCUGUUUCUCCCUCCACAUCUCUGUUUCAACGGCAGAACUCAAGCACAGAUGAUCUCCUCUCCUCGAGCCCAGAGAGUCAACCUGGAGGCACCAAGGCCCCUACAAAUGUCCUCCAACCCACCAAAGCUGACCCUCAGGAUGGGGGGCGUCGAAAGAAGAGCUCCCAGGGAGUUCUCCUGAUCCAGGGUGACCCAUACCAAGCUCCUGAGCGUGUCGCUCGCCUUCACGGUGAGCUAGAACGUUACCGAUCGCAGGUUGAUUCUCUGGAGUACCCGUCAGAGAGUGAGGGGGGCCUGUCUGUGCUAGAUGCCCGCUGGAAAGAGUUACAGGACCAGCAGGAGAAGGACGCCCGCCAGCUCUCUAUUGCUAUCGCCCGCUGCUACACCAUGAAGAACCGUCACCAAGAUGUAAUGCCCUAUGACCUCAACCGGGUGGUGCUGCAGUCAGGGAAAGAUGACUAUAUCAAUGCCAGCUAUGUGGAAGACUUAUCACCAUACUGCCCACGCCUUAUUGCCACACAGGCUCCGCUCACCGGCACAGCAGCAGACUUCUGGCUGAUGGUGUAUGAGCAGAAGGUGUCACUGAUAGUCAUGUUGGUUUCGGAGCAGGAGCUGGAAAAGGGAAAAGUUCUGCGCUACUUCCCAACGGAGCGUGGCCAGCUGCUCUCUCAGGGACCGAUCACACUCAGCCUAACCACACAGAAGACGACACCGACACAUGUGGAGCGCAUGAUCAGUCUGCAGUACCGUGACCAAAGCCUGAAGCGCACUGUUGUCCAUCUCCAGUUUACCUCCUGGCCGGAGCUGGGUCUUCCUGACAGCAAGAGCAGUCUGCUGCGAUUCAUCCAGGAGGUUCAUGGUCACUACCUCCACCAGAGGCCCUUACACACACCUGUUGUGGUGCACUGCAGCUCGGGGGUUGGACGCACCGGCGCCUUCUGUCUGCUGUACGCAGCUCUGCAGGAGCUAGAAGCAGGAAAUGGGAUCCCUGACCUUCCACUGCUGGUGAAGAAGAUGAGACAACAAAGGAAGAACAUGCUACAGGAGAAGCUCCAUCUGAAGUUUUGCUAUGAGGCUGUGUUGAAACACGCAGAGCAGGUUCUUCAGCGCCACGGCAUCACAACCGCCACUUGCAGCAAGAACACCAACUCUGCAGCCACAAAGCCUUACUCGAGACAGGAAUCCCAACAGGAUAUUGUCCUCGGCGGUGACAUGCCCAUCAGCUCCAUCCAAGCCACCAUCGCUAAACUCAGCAUCCGCCCGCCCAGCGCCACAGACCCAGCCAUGGAGGCCGGCGCUCACUAUGGCCUGGAGGAGCAGGUCGGCGCUAUCUUGCCUGCUCUCGACUCACUGGGUGACAUCCAGUCGCUCCAGGACCCCUGUCCUCCCUCAGAUCCACAGCCCCCUUCCUCCUUCAGCCCACCUUUCACCUCCCCCACCCACUCCCCUCCACCACCAAACGGCCUGGAUGCCAUCUCUCCUUCUUCCCCACCAGCACCCAACCACCAGCCAGUCCCAGAGGCUGCACCCAGCCUGCCUCCUGCUUCCUCUGCACCGGCUCCGUCGUCUCUGGAGCUUCUGGCCUCGCUCACACCUGAAGCCUUCUCCAUGGACGGCGGAGGUCGAGGGAAGCAGCGGGUGACCAAGCAGAGCUUCCUGCAGCCAGCGGAGGGUCAGGGUCUCCAUGGGACUCGAGGGGAUGAAGGAGACGACCCGCUCAGUAGCCUGGACCCCCUCUGGAGCCUAAACAAGCAGUGAGAGGCGUCCACAGAUCGCUGCCUUUCUCUCACUUUACCACCAGGCGUCAGUGAAGGUCGGCCGUUCUUUCUAAUCCUGCUUUUAAUAAAAAGACACACACAGAAUCCUCGGACUGUUGGAGAAAUUUUUGCGGUGUUGAUUACCAAGACAUGCCUGGUGGCAGAUGGUAGGGGUUCAGUUUUGAAGUUGGGUGUAUUUCCACUGCUUUCGGGGUGUGAUCCCCAAAACACAAACACACUUGCUUCUCCUUCCAUUACUGGUGGCUUCUGGGAUCAGAUCACUAUGCACCUGUCUGUAUUCCUUAAUCUGUUCUGUUUCUCUCUGCUCCUUUUCUUUGUAUGACCAUGGUGGAUGGAAGCACUUCUGCACUUGCAGGCACCACAUCUGGGCCCAAAAAGAAAAAAGAAAAAAUUCCCAGCAUGCACUCCACUUUCACAGCCCCCUUUACAGGUGGGCGUCAAGGCAUCACCGUGGUGUGACAGUGCUCGGCCACUCCCUUCUGCACUGGUCUGUGAUAGAUUUAAUGGCUGGAAUACUGGAUGCAUGGAGUUGCAGGUGGGCCAGAGGAGAUGGGUGGAGCUAUGUUGAAGACAGGAAGCCUCCCAGCUCAAUCACUGUGUGUAGCUCAAUCGUCAUGAUAACACAGAGCAGCAUACAAAUCAGCACGUCUUAACAAGUUGAUUACUUUUCUUUGUAACACUGUAAAUAUAUUAAGUAAAGUUAGACUAUUCAAAAAAUUGUUCCUCUGGAAAAAAGCACUAAUCAUUCAUUAUUGUAAAAAUAUAAAAUAAAUCCAGUAGACCGACA